AUGAACAAGCUGGUUGUCCUGGUCUAUGUCGAACGCCACAAGGGCCAGGACGCUGUCCCAUGUGAGGCCGAUGCCGUCGCGAGAAGUACCCGCGCUUCCGCGCCGCAGGUACAAGUGAAGCAUGGCAAGGCUCCGUGGAUCCAGAAAGCGCACGGUCUGGUAUUCGGUCACAGCGGCUCCAGUUGCAUGUCGGGAGCCGUCGGGACGAUGAUCCACAGGGAAGGAGCGAGUGCCCUUCUGCGUGAGCGGGACGUAUCGCACCAAAUAAGCAAGAUCGAAGGGAUUCGAGUCGCCCAGAGUCAACGGUACAAGGUGCUGAACCAUGUCCGAAGUGGCCAGAAAUAUUAUGUUGUACUGAUCCACAAUGAAGUGCGUGGGUGCGUGGUUCCGGAAAUAAGGGUCAGACGUAUGACACACAUCAACGCAGGUGCAUCUAGGAAGACCCGCAGUGACAAGUAUAUCCACCGCCCUAGACAGGUAUUCCUCUGCAACGAUGAAACCGGCCAUCUGGCAGUGGGAAGGGAUAAAUCAACGAAGGCACACAGAUUGACCUUGCAACGGACGUACCCUCGACACUUGAUUCGCACCCUGAUACGAUAAACAUGGUCUCCACAGACCACACAAGGUACCGAUGCCGCUUCUAGGGCCCGGGUGGCAGCCGCUGUCAGACCCCACGGGUAGUCAUAUUCGGACAGCGGUAGAGGGAGGACAGGCAAUAGGCGGCUGGAACAUUGUGAGCGAUACCACAUAAGAAGCCGCCCUACAUAAAAACGCGAGAUAAAGAUCGCCAUUACCCUGUAUAGUUCGGAGAAGAGUCUCCUAGACAGCCUAGAUAGCAUUGGGUAAAUAAGGACGAGGUGUUUCUUGA